AUGAGUUUUGGAGCCCCCGGAGGUGGCUCGAUCAACUACAAGCCCUCGCCGCCUGAGCGCGGUAGCUUUCCGCUCGAUCACGAAGGUGCGCAAUUCGACUCUGACGGAUCAUGUGGAGAGUGCAAGCACAUCAUUUCCGGGUACUUGAAAUGCAUCAAGUCCAACAGGGGCACCAACGAUGAGGCGUGCCGCAGACUCGCCAAGGAUUACCUUGCCUGCCGGAUGGACAAGAACCUGAUGGCACCGGAUAACUUCGAGAACCUGGGCCUUAUCUUCAAGGAGGACCAAGAAAAGAACAAGACAGCAACUAAAGAGCCAACACAAGGGACGGAACAGAAGAAAUAA